AUGCUGAUCUGUUGUCAGGACAUUUUGGGAAGGAAGGGACUUAUCAAUGAAUUAUGCCGUGACGCAUUACUACCUAUCGAAACAAUUAUUACUUCAUAUCCAGUGGAACCAACUACUGAAGUUGAAUUACAAGACUGUCUUUCCUGGAGAAUUAAUUCUAUACUAGGGAACCUCGAAAUUGCCAGAACUCAAGCUCAAGAUAAUAUUGAAAAGGUGCAAAAUAAACAAAGGUGA